AUGGCAGGAAUCGAUAAGAACAUAGACGAGAAAAUGGAGUUCUCAACCUCCAAGGAGGUUACAGUGGCGCCCACAUUCGAAACAAUGUCGCUGAAAGAGAAUCUCUUGCGAGGCAUAUAUGCGUACGGCUAUGAAUCUCCGUCCGCGGUACAGUCCAGAGCCAUCGUCCAGAUUUGCAAAGGUCGGGAUACCAUCGCCCAAGCCCAGUCGGGCACUGGGAAGACGGCCACAUUUAGUAUUGCCUGCCUUCAGGUCAUCGACACUGCGCUUCGUGAGACGCAAGCCUUGGUUCUUUCGCCGACAAGAGAAUUAGCGACGCAAAUACAGUCUGUGGUAAUGGCUUUGGGCGACUAUAUGAAUGUUCAAUGCCAUGCUUGCAUUGGAGGAACGAAUAUAGGAGAGGACAUACGCAAGCUUGACUACGGGCAGCACAUUGUUUCAGGAACCCCAGGAAGAGUAGCGGACAUGAUUCGACGCCGUAAUCUGCGUACGCGCAACAUCAAGAUCCUGGUUCUUGAUGAAGCGGACGAACUCCUCAAUCGUGGAUUUAGAGAGCAGAUUUACGACGUCUACCGCUAUCUUCCCCCAGCUACACAAGUGGUGGUCGUGUCGGCUACGCUGCCGUAUGAUGUGCUUGAUAUGACAACCAAGUUCAUGACAGAUCCUGUCCGAGUACUUGUAAAGCGUGACGAGCUGACCCUGGAGGGAUUGAAGCAAUACUUCAUCGCGGUCGAAAAGGAGGAAUGGAAAUUUGAUACGCUUUGCGAUCUUUACGAUACUCUCACUAUCACGCAAGCAGUGAUCUUUUGUAAUACACGCCGCAAGGUGGAUUGGUUGACGGACAAGAUGCGGGACGCAAACUUCACAGUGUCUUCUAUGCACGGAGAGAUGCCUCAAAAGGAAAGGGACAGUAUUAUGCAGGAUUUUCGUCAAGGCAACUCUCGUGUCUUGAUUUCGACAGAUGUCUGGGCUCGAGGGAUCGACGUUCAACAAGUGUCCCUAGUGAUUAAUUACGACUUACCAAGUAAUCGCGAGAAUUACAUCCAUCGGAUUGGUAGAAGUGGACGAUUCGGGAGGAAAGGUGUUGCGAUCAACUUUGUGACAAGUGAAGAUGUCCGAAUUCUGCGUGACAUUGAAUUGUAUUACUCGACCCAGAUUGACGAGAUGCCGAUGAACGGUCUGUCUCAAUUCCAAUGCACCACUUCCGUUGCUGUGCUGACUCCAUUUGUAGUGGCCGACUUGUUGACCUAG